CCGUGAUAAUAGACGUUCGUUCUACCUUACGAAAUUCUGUCGUUCGUGACGUCAUUUUAUGAAUCAUAACCUACAAAUAUGCUAUUUGACGGUAACCAAGUCAUACAAGACGGAAUCACAAGUGUUACAAGCAAUGUAAUAAUGGUAAUUUCAUAAGUACAAAUCAAUUGCAGCACGUUACAAGCUGUACUUGGUGGGAUCCGAGAAUCCUGAAAGGAUGAUGGGUAGAAGGAGCCUGACAUAAAUAACACUCAGGCAGAAAGUCGGAGAAGAUAUAAAAGACAUGAUGAACAACAUCUCAGGACAGUUCCGUAAAACAACAUGGGAUCCGAUAUUAAUCAUAUGUCAGAUAUUGGCUGUGCAAAGUGUCAUGUACUUUUUCCUUGGAAUAUGGAUUUGGAUAGCAGCUACUCUUCUAGGCUCAACAAAAUCGCUAGAUUAUGCCUUCCUGUAUAGUGAGGUUCAUGUUCGUGACUUUGGUGGAAAACUCGUCAUUACAAUUUUUGUACUAAAUGCCUUAGUUGGUGCUUUGGCUCUGUGGUGGCUCGUGCAAAGAACAAAACAGUGUAUGGACUUUACCUGUACUGCACAUCUGAUACAUUUACUGCUGUGCUGGAUAUAUAAUGCCAGUUUCCCUUCAAGUUUUAGCUGGUGGUGCUUAAAUAUUGUAUCCCUUAGUAUAAUGUGUGUCUGUGGAGAAUUUCUGUGUAUGAGGACUGAGCUGCAAGCAAUACCACUUGGAAUGAAUAGUCAGAAAACUGCAUUGUAGGAGGAUGAGAACUUAUCAAUAUAAGUAUUUUAAUUAUCAUUAAUUUAUUAGUAAGUGCAAAAGAUAACGAUCGAAAUAAAUUUCUUUUUCUAAGAAAUGUCCUUUUA